AUGAAGUUUCACGGAAGUGACAAGCCGGAUGUCAUGGACGGACAUAAAUCCAGAGUCUUCAGCGCUUGCUUCAAUCCGAAAUCUGCAUACGAGCUGAUAAGUGGUGGCUGGGACGACACCAUACAGUUCUGGGAUACUAGACAAGCUCAUUCUUUUCGGUUCAUAUCAGGUGUACAUAUAUGUGGGGACGGCUUAGACAUCAAUAGAAAUGGAAAAGAGAUCCUUACUUGCGCCUGGCAGAGGAACAAUCCUUUACAAUUGUGGGAUUACGGUAGCGGCAAAUUGAUCACCACUAUCGAACCAGACAGUUAUUCCUCUUUAUUAUACGUUGGAAAAUACGUAACAAAUAUGUACAUUGCGUGCGGUGGUUGCGAUGUUAAUCUCUUCAGAAUCGUUGACCUACGAUCUCAUUCUACUAUAGCUAUGAUCAGAAAUUUAAAGAGCGGUGUGUAUAGUUUGGAUGUCGGCCCGUUAGAAUCGAAGUACAGUAAACGGAUUCUUCCCAAAUUUGCUUUUUGCGCCGGAACAACGAUUUUCGAAGUAGAUGCCCAGCCUGAUUGAUUGAUUUGUGACAUUUAUUUUUGAUAUGCAUAUAUGUAUUUUUUUUACGCAAUUCAUGUUUUAAAGUUUGAAAAAAUAUAUUAUUUACUUUACACAAAUGGUUUC